ACCGAACAAACGGGAUUUCUCCACGUAACGGAAGCGUGUGUUUUAUCUCCAUAACUAAGUGGAGAAAAGUGAUUUGAAGUCGUACUCUUUGAAAUGUUUUUCUAAAAUUUCAAGCCAUAUCGAAGUUAUAGCAGUAUCAAGCGUUUGAACGACCCUUUGGCCAGAAUGAAGCCGCUGGGUCUUCCUUUGAUAUUUUUACUAGCAGUUGGUGUGUUUGGUGUAGAUAGGAAUAAUUUUAAAACAUGUGAGCAGUCUGGUUUCUGUAAACGGCUGCGAUCAUUCAAACCAGAGAAGUCACAGUAUACACUUAAUUUGGACACCGUUAUAGUCCACGGAAAUGUUUUAUCCGCAGAGGUUACAACUGUGAAUACUGAUACUGAAAAGAAAAUACCAUUGUGGAAAUAUAGCUUAACAUUCUCAGCGCUACUAGAUGGAACAUUCAGGAUUCAAAUUGAUGAAGCAGACCCCAUCUAUCCUCGGUAUAGAACACAACUGGCACUUGAUGGAGAACCCAAAGCUGAUGGACUUCAAUUAGUUUCAAAGGAGGGUGGUAAACUGACAUUGACAAAUACACAAGGUCAUAAAGUCUUGAUAACUGCGGAGCCCCUCAAGUUCGAAUUCCUCGAUCAGAAUGGUGAUGUUGCAGUGGUCAUUAAUGAGAACUCACAGCUUCUUGUUGAACCGCUGAGACUGAAGCGAGAGAAAAAUGAUGAAGAUGAAGGCAAUGCGGAAAAUGCAGUUGAAGUUGAGGAAGAAGGUACAUGGGGAGAGAAUUUCAAGUCGCAUCACGACAGCAAGCCGCGCGGCAAUGAGGCUGUAUCACUCGAUGUCUCCUUCCCAGACGCCGAUCAAAUCUAUGGUAUACCGGAACAUACGGACAAGUUUUCUCUCCGUACGACGACGUCCGGUGAGCCAUAUCGUCUGUACAACUUGGAUGUCUUUGAAUAUGAACUUGACAGCAGGAUGGCGAUAUAUGGAGCGGUACCUGUACUAUAUGCACAUGGAUCAAAACGGACAGUGGGAGUAUUCUGGCAUAAUUCAGCUGAAACUUGGGUAGAUGUUGUCAAUUAUGCUGAUGGCACUGUUGUCUCGUCCCUCGUCAAUCUGGUCACAGGUGGUCACAAGAGACGUGUUGACGCAAGGUUCAUCAGUGAAUCAGGUAUUGUGGAUGUGUUCGUGAUGUUGGGUAACAAGCCGGCUGAUGUGUUCCGACAGUACACCAAGCUCACCGGAGUCACUCCAUUACCACCGAAAUUUUCACUAGCAUACCACCAGUCGCGUUGGAACUACGUAGAUGAGGCAGACGUACGCGGUGUUGAUGACAACUUUGACGUACAUGACAUCCCCGCUGAUGUCAUCUGGCUAGACAUCGAGUAUACGGACAGAAAGAAGUAUUUCACCUGGGAUCCGGAGAAAUUCCGUCAUCCAGCAGAGAUGGUGGCCAAUCUGACAGCGAAGGGUCGUCAUCUUGUUGUCAUAAUUGACCCUCAUAUCAAAAGAGAAGCUGGUUACUUCUUACAUGAAGAUGCGAUGGAACAAGGAUUAUAUGUCAAAGAUAAAGAUGGAAACGUUUAUGAAGGUUGGUGCUGGCCUGGUUCAUCAUCAUACUUGGAUUUCUUUAACCCGGCAGCUUCAAAGUAUUACUCGGAGAGAUAUAGAUUUGAGAAUUUCCCGGGGACCAGCAAAGAUGUUCACAUCUGGAAUGAUAUGAACGAACCCAGUGUAUUCAAUGGUCCGGAGAUCACAAUGCCUAAAGACUGUAGACAUUACAAGCCGCCUCAAGAUGGACAUGAUGGACUCGCUUCUUAUUGGGAACACAGACAUGUCCACAAUGAGUACGGUCUAUGGCAGAUCCGGGCUACACAUGUUGGUAUGUUGGAAAGAGCGGACAACAAGUACAGACCGUUCAUAUUGACUAGAUCUACAUUUGCUGGUACUCAGAGAUAUGCUGCUGUGUGGACUGGGGACAAUGCGGCGGAGUGGGGCUUCCUGCAGGCCUCAGUACCCAUGUGUCUGUCUCUGGCCGCUGCUGGCAUCAGCUUCUGCGGCUCCGAUGUGGGCGGAUUCUUCAAAUACCCUGAACCUGAACUGAUGACCAGGUGGUACCAGGCAGGUGCAUAUCAAGCUUUCUUCCGAGCACACUCACAUAUAGAGACAAAGAGACGGGAACCCUGGCUGUAUGAACCUUCCACUACUGCCCUACUCAGAGACGCUGUUAGACGGAGAUAUGCCCUACUCGACUUUUGGUACACAUUAUUCUAUGAGCACACUCUGGAUGGCACUCCGGUGACGAGGCCAUACUUCCAGGAGUACCCUGAUGAAGAGGAAACUUACACUAUUGAUGAUCAGUAUCUAUUAGGUGACAAACUCCUAGUCCGUCCAGUAAUGGAAGCCGGUGUGAAGAGUGUGAAGGUGUACCUGCCAGGUCGUGAUACCAACACACUUUGGUACGAUGUCGACUCGUACCAAGUACAUAAAGCAAACGGUUAUUUCAAUCAGGAAGUUAAUAUUGCCAAGAUCCCAGUGUAUCAGCGCGGUGGAUCAAUUGUACCACGUCGUGAGCGCGUGCGCAGAUCUUCUACAUUGAUGGCUAAUGAUCCCUUCACAUUAGUUGUAGCUUUGGACGCUAAUAACACAGCGCACGGAACUCUGUAUAUUGAUGAUGGAGAGACAUACGAAUAUAAGAAUAAUAAAUAUAUCUACGCGAAGAUCACCUAUGUACCUAAACAGAUUACGUACACCUUAGUGAAUCCAUCAGCUCAGUUUGCAUCUCGGGCUUGGAUAGAGCGUAUAGUGAUAGCUGGCAUUAGGACUGCGCCCCGCACCGCGCGCCUGCAGCACGGGGGGCGAAGCGCCGCGCUACAGAUGACGCUGCAUAGAGGCAACGACGUCCUCGUCAUAAGGAAGCCCGGGGCUCCGGUCUCUGAAGACUGGUCUAUACAAUUUGCGGAGUAAAUGCGGGUAUUUGGAAAAACUUUGUCUCCGACAAUGUCACAAUAUCUUUGUCGGACUGUCUUGUGUGUCAUUUUUUAUGUCGCUGUAAAGUUUUAAAUCAAUAUUUAAUUUUCUUACCAUAAUUUUUUUUAUUAAAGUUUUUCCCCACUGUUUAAAUGUUGAUCUCAGUUUAAGAGAACAUAUAUGAAACAUGUUUCAUGUGAUUGUUUCCAGCAAUGUGAACGUCGGAAUGCAACAAACUAUUCGAUGAUUGCAAAAAAUAUGUGUCAAAAAGUAACUUUUUCGAGGAAAAUAGAUUAUGUUGAAAAUU